UCCAAGAUGUUCUACUCGCACCAGCUCCUCGCGCGGAAGGCGCCGCUCGGCCAGAUAUGGAUGGCCGCCACGCUCCACGCCAAGAUCAACCGCAAGCGCCUCGACAAGCUCGACAUCAUCAAAAUCUGCGAGGAGAUCCUGAACCCGUCGGUGCCCAUGGCGCUCAGGCUCUCCGGGAUCCUCAUGGGCGGCGUGGUGAUCGUGUACGAGAGGAAGGUGAAGCUUCUCUACGAUGAUGUGUCCCGUCUUCUGGUAAACUUCGACUUCCAGUCUUGCCCAGUUCAUCCUGCUUGGUAUGAAGCAGUAACACUGCCAGAGAAUGCGGUGGAUAUGGAGGUGGAGCAGCCCGUGUUUUUCACAGAUACUGAUACUACUAGGUUCCGCGGAAUGGUAAUCGUUGUCAUCUGUGUAUUCUGGAAGUUGAAACUGUGUUAG